AUGCCGGACAAUGCGUCGGCCGUCGCCGAUCGAGGCAACAAGCCCCACGUGGCGGUCCUAGCGAACUCGGGCCUCGGGCAUGUCGUCCCCCUCCUCGAGUUCUCGAAACGCCUUGUGGUCGGCCACGGCUUCCGCGUCACCUUCCUCGUCGUCACCACCGUCGACUCGACCCCAGCUCAAGACCAGCUACUAAAUGCGCCGGGCCUCCCGCAUGACCUGCACGUGCUCGGCCUCCCGGCCGUCGACACCGCCUCCGUCGUCCCAGAAGACUCCCGGCUCCUCACCCGCGUAUGCCUCAUUGUCGAAGCGAGCCUCAAGAGCCUCAAAUCCACACUCAUCGAGCUGAGCUACCCGAGGGCGCUAGUCGUGGACCUUUUCUGCACUCAAGCCUUGGACGUGGCCGGCGAGCUAGGCAUCCCCGCCUACUCGUUCUGCACGAUGUCGGCCAAGAUGCUCGCGUUCUCGUUGUACCUGCCGACGCUCGACCGAGAGGCGACGGGUGAACUGGUGGACCUGCCGGGGCCGAUCCGGGUGCCCCCUCCGACCUACUGGACCAGGUGA